UUUCAGUCGGUCUCUCUUUCUUCUCUGUUUUCACUGUCCAACCUUUUUUUUUUGCUCUCUGAAACAAUUUUUUUUUUUUUAAAAAAAAAAUCCUUUGCAUGUCGGUUCCUUAUUAAGAACCGCAUUUGGUUUUUCUCUGUGCCUUUCCAUUUCUCUGUUUUUGCGCUUUGGGGUUCUUUCAUUUCUCUGUUUCUCUCUCUCUCUCUCUCUCUCGCUCCCGCUCUACUCUGUUUCCUUUUCUUUUUUUUUCUUUUUUUGUUUUUUUGGUUUUUCAGCUCUCUCUUUUUUUUCUCUGCUCUCUUCUAGAAAUGAUUGGGGUUUUUCAGUCUUUCAUUGUUUCUUUAAGUGCCCAUUAGUCCAUUUUAUCUAUCGCUCUUUCUCUCACUCUUUUUGAGAUUCUGGAGGAGUUAAUUAAUGGGAAUGAUGGAUCUGAGGAAGAAGAAAUCAUUGCCAGAGGGAAUGAAUGAGAACAACGAGAAAUGUUGUACUGAUUGCAAAACCACCAAGACACCCUUGUGGAGAGGAGGUCCAGCUGGGCCUAAGACACUUUGCAAUGCUUGCGGGAUCAGACACAGGAAGAAGAGGAUUCCGGUGGUGCGUUUGAGCAAUAGAACUGAGAGAAAGAGAGAGAGACUUACAUGUAGUCAUGGUAACACCAAAACAAGCAGUGCUACCACCACUACCACCACCACCACCACCCCCACCCUCACCAUCGGCCCCACAAGCUCUGAUGAAAAUGGUGGGAGGGAUUCAAGCGAGUCUUUGAAAGCUCGGAUAAUGGCGUUGGGGAUGGACGUUUUUCUGCAAAGCUCAUCGGUGGUGAAGAAACAGAGGUGGCAGAAGAGGAGGAAACUGGGAGAAGAAGAACAAGCUGCUGUUUCAUUGAUGGCACUGUCUUGCGGCUCCGUUUUCGCUUAAGGAAAAUGACAAAAAUUUAAAAAAAAUAUAUUGAAAAAAAAGUGAAAAAGGAACAUAAUAUUUUAGAAAGAAAACAAAACCCUAACCAACCAAAUAGCUCUCAUUUUCUUCUAGGUUUUUUAGGUUUUCCUAAUCUUAAUUAAAAAAGAAAAAUGAUACACCCUUUGUAUGUAUUUUUGAGGGAGUCUAUAGUCUAUGUAAGAAAAAAUCGGGAAAGUCAAUGUAAUUGAGAUGGAUGGUUUGGAUAGAGUGACAUUCCUUGUUUGAAUUAAAUAUUGUACAUAUUUUUGGAAAGUCAAUGAAAUAGUGAUGGAUGGUUUGGAUACAGUGA